UAGCAACCGUUGUUGAGGUAACCACGGGAACGCGCUGCUUCUCCUUUGUCCCCCUCCGUCGCUCCCUCUCUCUCUCUCUCUCUCUCUCUCCCUCUCUCUCCAUCCUGCAUUUAAUGCUGGUCCACCUCCUCCUUGCGUCGCCACGGCGAUGCUCCGGGACAGCCGAACCGGAUCACUUAUCCGUCGCCGUGCCGGAGCGCGGAGCUCCGCUGUGAAGCUGCGAAGGAAGUCACCUUUUUUUUUUUUUCUUGUUUGGAAAUUUUAUUGACUAAAUGAUGACGUCAGUCCCUGCCUACUCGUCAACUUUACACUUCGUCCCGUGACCUCAGACUUUUCAGAGAUCAGAGAGCAUCGUUUCGGAUUGUCCAGCCCGUCGGGUCGAAGGAAGUUGGAUGAAGUUCCACCGAACCCAAACUCGUCCGGCUGUGAUUUGUGUGGAUAGUUUUCACUCCUCCGAAAAGACGUCCGGACGCUUCACGGAGACCAAAAGUCACCUGUACUGAUUGAAACCUCCAUCUCCCUCUCCUCCGUCACCACGCCGAGAUGAACGAGGAGGUGUUGGAGGCUGAGGAGCAGGAGGCGGAAGUGCAGCAACGCGAGGAAGGGCAAGGAGAGCAGAAGCCCCAACAGGACCAAGAAAGGGAGGAGGUAGAGUCUGAAGAGGUGCGGCAGAAAGAGGAGGAGCAACAUGAGGAAGAGGUGCAGCAAGAGCAGGAGGAGGUGUGCGCUGAGCAGCCACAGCAGACUGUGGAGAUGCAACAGGAGCAGGAGGGGGUGCAGCAGAGUGAAUUGAUACAGCAGGAGGAGGUGCAGCAGAGUGAAUUGAUACAGCAGGAGGAGGUGCAGCAGAGUGAAUUGAUACAGCAGGAGGAGGUGCAGCAGAGUGAAUUGAUACAGCAGGAGGAGGUGCAGCAGAGUGAGUUGAUACAGCAAGAGGAGGUGCAGCAGAGUGAGUUUAUUCAGCAAGAGGAGGUGCAGCAGAGUGAGUUUAUUCAGCAAGAGGAGGUGCAGCAGAGUGAGUUUAUUCAGCAAGAGGAGGUGCAGCGGAGUGGGUUUAUACUUCAAGAGGAGGUGCAGCGGAGUGGAUUUAUACUUCAAGAGGAGGUGCAGCUGACUGAACCGGAGCAGAUGGAGGAGGAGCAACAGAUUGAGGAGCUGCAGCAGACAGAGGAGGAGGAGCAGCAGCAGCAGACAGAGGAGCAGCAGCAUCAGCCUGAGCAGGAGCAGCAGACAGAGGAAGAGCCGCCGCGGAUUGAAGAGGUGCAGGUCGAGGAGGCGCAGGACUUUGACUACACUCCGGAGCAGAACCACAACGACCAGGUCCUGAUCCGGCUGAGAGAGAUGCAGAAAUAUAAAAGUGCAUCGCAGAGGCUGAAGGGGGUCCUGGAGCAGAUGGACCGGGGCGUCGUGGACCUGCAGGAACUCCGCAGGAACCUGGAGCUCGCUGCGGCCAUGCUGGACACCGUUUACACCGACGAGACCAAGCGUCUUUUGGACACCGAGGACGAGCUCAGCGACCUGCAGGCAGAGUCGGUGCCCAGCGAGGUGCGGGAUUGGCUGGCAUGCACCUUCACCAAGAUGGGCGUGGCCAAGCGCCGCCCCGAGGAGAAGCCGAGAUUCAGGAGCAUCGUCCACGCAGUGCAAGCUGGGAUAUUCGUAGAAAGGUAUAAAAAUCGAUCGAUUUGUACGACUUUCUACGGUUUGGUGCCCCUCGAUUCCAUGGGAGGGAUAUUGGGGGCGUUUUAGGAACAGUGCUUUUCAGACUUUGAGUUUGCGUUCGCCCCCUCGUGCACAAAGCCGGCUCCAUCGGGAAAAUUCCAGAUCCCGGUGCAGGCCCUGGUGCAGUUCGUCGAGGCUCUGGAGAGCGGCUACAGCAAACACAGGAACCCCUACCACACCUGAUCCACGCCGCCGACGUCCACGCAGACCGCCCACUUCCUGAUGCUGCACACCGGGCUGAUGCACUGGCUCAGCGAGCUCGAGAUUCUCGCCAUGGUUUUCGCUGCGGCGAUUCACGACUUUGAGCACACGGGAACCACCAACAACUUCCACAUCCACGCCAGGUCCGAGGUGGCCAUCCUGUACAACGACCGGUCGGUGCUGGAGAACCACCACGUCAGCGCCGCCUACCGGCUGAUGGCGGAGGAGGACAUGAACAUCCUGGUGAACCUGAACAAGGACGACUGGAGGGAGCUGAGGGCUCUGGUGAUAGAGAUGGUGAUGUCCACAGACAUGUCCUGUCACUUCCAGCAGAUCAAGACCAUGAGGAACACCCUGACGCAGACACACAGCCUGGACAAAGUGAAGGUUCUGUCUCUGAUGCUCCACGCCGCGGACAUCAGUCACCCGGCCAAAGCCUGGCCGCUGCACUACCGCUGGACUCACAGUCUGAUGGAGGAGUUCUUUAGACAGGGAGACAAAGAGGUGGAACUCGGCCUUCCUUUCUCUCCUCUCUGUGACCGCAAAGCCACGAUGAUCGCCCAAUCCCAGAUAGGUUUCAUAGACUUCAUCGUGGAGCCCACGUUCAGCGUUCUGAUCGACACAACAGAGAAAGUGAUUGGUCCUCUGAUAGAAGAGGACCGGACGGCCAAAGAGACUGGAAACAGGAAGUCCAGUCUAACAGGAAGUGGUUCGGUGACCGUGGAGUCGGUGCAGAGACACAGCAGCGGUCGCUAUGGCAACAGCAAUGACGGACAGAUGGACUUUUCCCUGACGGCCAUCGACCUGCCGGCUCUGAAGAGCCACCUCACCGGUGUCAUCGGCAGUAACAAGGACAGAUGGAAAGAGCUGUCCGUGCACGAGCUGGCCAACAGGGAGCAGGAGAGGCGAGAGGAACAAGAGGAAGAGGAGUCUGAGGUCAACUCAGGCAUCCAAUCACAGGCCUCCCCCGGUCACGGCGUCCCUCCGGCACACACGGCUGACCAAGCACGGAGCUCAGAGGGCCCCCCUCCGGAUGGACCUCAAGGCGACCAUUCGCCCGUCCACCUGUCCUGGAACGGGGCGGGGCCGGGGGAGGAGAAGGCGGCGGACCAAUAACGAAAGUGCCUGAAAACGACCCGACGGGCGCUCCGCGGCGAACUCACCGCUGUAGCUGACUGUGGCAGAUCACCAUGGCAACAGGUGGAACGGUGCAGUGACGACAGGGGCUCAGACUGUGUGUUUAGACGCAGCACCUGGCUCAGUGGCCCCCCCUCCGGUGGCCCUCAAAAAGGCCACUAGACCUUAUGUUUACAACCGACAAUGAAAAUGCUACAUUCAAAGUGACGACGUUCUUAGCAGCGCUGUGGGUGAGUGUUAUGUGUUGCUACUAAUUAAAACUAUUUAAAAAAAUUGAAUUAGAAAUACAGAUUGAAGGGGGGAAACCACAGUGGCUGUUCAUGACCUAAGCUAAAUAUCUGCUACCUGGAGGAAUGACACGUGUAGCUGUUAAGACGCUGUUGUCAAGGUUUUUUUACUCUGAUAAUUCAUUACAUUAAGUGCAAAAGAGAGAGUUCAAACAAUGCACCACGCCGCGCUUCUGGCCACGCCCCACGAUGUGAUGUCACAGCUUGUUGUCCGCCGCAUUGCAAUGAAAUCGUAGCACUCACAUACCCCCUGUCGAUGGUCUUGUUCCUCCUCUAGAGCCACGAGGGCUUGUUUGUUUUUGCUGUACGGUGUUAUUUUGUCCUAUAAUGACAUUUCCAUCAGUUUCAGCCGUACUUUGAAGAAAAAGACUUUGAGAAGAUGCAUUUGAACUCCUAUAUCAUAACGCUUAAACGGACCAAUUGUUAUUCAGUAACUAUAAUGUCAAACAGACCUCUACUUCCUGUGACAUCACUGAUUGGGGCGUGGCCAGGUGUCAGCGAAAGUCAUCAGUGUGGAAAGUCAGAGGCGAAUCAGACAGACCAGCUGGGACCGAUUUAACGGAAGUUCUUUUUUUUAAACCACGGGUCGUCUUGUACUUUAGGUUAAUGUACCCAUAGGCUAUCGUAACAGUGCACUCACCACCGUCUUUGUAGAAACACAAGCGCGCAAACGGAAGCAGAUUAAAAGCCGCGAUGGUCAGAAUUGAACCGAAUGUUCCUUUGAAUGGAAAGAAGGUCAGAGACAGCUUCUGUUGCUUCUGUACUCCACGUAACUGUCACUUCACCCGGCUGUGAAUAAAGAACAGGGCGGUCCAUGACAUUCCCCCCCCGUGACAAUAAAACACCGGUUUCUAUAGCAACGGCCCGCAAACCGAAGGGUGGGGCCAACAUGGCCGACAGUGGAAACUCUUUAGGUCCUCUGAGCACUGUGUUCGUUAAUGUGUGCUAUAGUGGUCAUGUUCUCCGCCUCUGUGCGUGUGUGUGUGUGUGUGUGUGUGUGUGUGUGUGUGUGUGUGUGUGUGUGUGUGAAGAGUGUGUGUGUGUGUGUGUGAGAGAGUGAAUGUGUGGUAAAUACUGUACAGCUGUUUUCUGUAUUAUUGUAUUAAACAUUCAGAGCUCCAGUGUCCUCCGGUUGUCUUUCAUGCCUCCGCACCAACGUCGGCUCGAUGCUUUCAAGUUGUCCUUCUUGCUUUUGUUUCCGUUUCUCCACAACUGGUCCUAACUUUAAAGCACCUUCUCAUAAAAACAACUGACCACAUGUUGU